GUUUAACUGUUCAAAAAAAUUUUAAAAGAAAGAUGUUAGUUUAAUAUUAUAUUACCUAAUCUUAUUAAGAAUCAUAUCUAGCAAACUUGUGAAGUGCCAUAUGACUCUUUCUCAAAGAUCUUUUACUUAGUUUUAAGAAUUAUCUUUCUUUCAAGCUGUCAAAUCGAAUCAUUAGUUCAUGAUUUUUUUUUUUGCAGUAUUUUAUGCAACGCAUGUUGUAGUGCUAAUCUUUUAAAACAAGUGGCAUAUUUUAUUUAUCCAUCACUCAAAUAUUCCUUAGUUUGAUUUUAAGGGUGGAAAACCAAUUCAUCAUGGGUCUCUUAUCUAAUCUGAUGUUGCACCAAUGCUAAUGUAAAUAAUAUAUUAAUUUAAUAAAAUACCAGUUACAAAAGUGAAUAUCUAAAACUUGUUGUGUCAGACCACCCGCAUCGGGGGUUUAUGAGGGAGUCAUGGGCUCGGUAUCAUAGGGCUUUUCGAUUAAAAAAAAUAAAUAAAUGGGUUUCAACCCGUGAACCGGGUCUUCCAAGUGAGCCCGUAUGAUACGGGGUCAUGCCACGCGGCGCAGAGGGAGUGGCUACGCGAUCUCGCGUGUUGAGUGAGAAAAAAAGGGUAUCGCGUGAAAGAUCCCAUUUUCUCUUCUCUCUUCGAAAUCUAGGGUUUCUCUGUCUCUGAGGCGAUUUCGUGUCGGAGUCCAGAGCCGGAGCUUUUCUCGAUCAAUUCGUCGUCGGAGUCACUCGUAAACGCUCUCAGGUGAGUCUCAAUCACUCCGGGACGAGAUAGCUUCGAUUUGAUCUCGAGAGGUUUCUAGGUUAAGGAUGUCGAUUUGGGGGUUUCAUCUUAGGGUUGUAAAUCGAGAAGGGGGUUUCGAUUUCUUGGUUAAAAUCGACAUACGGUUUCCUUUUAGGGUUCGUUUAUCGUGGAUUUCAUUUCGAUUUGGGGGUUUCGUGUAAGGGUUUGAAAUCUAAAAGGGGGUUUUAAUUUCUUCGUUUAAAUCAACAUACAGAUUUCUUUUAUAGUUCGUUCAUCGUGGAUUUGAAUUGGAUUUGGGGGUUUUUAGUUAGUCUUUCAAAUUUUUUUUUUUUUGUUUCUCGGUUGCUUCUGUUCUAAUUAUUUGUUUUCCUGAUACAGAUGGAUCCCGAAGCAGAGAUAAGAGACACAAAGAGAAGAAAGGAGCACAUCGAUAUGCUUUCAAUCGUGUGUGAUUCAGAACACGGGAUUCCGACGAGGUGUCCCUGCGGUGGGAGUAUAAUUCACGAGGUUCGUGGGAAGGAGGAAUACGACACUCUCCCCGGCAAGCGUUUCUUCACCUGCAUAAACUACGAGGCUGAUGGUUUUCAUUAUCGUCAGCCUUGGGUCAUUGGUGUGCAGGAGCAUAUCGAACGGCUCACAAGUCGUGUGGAGGAGGUGGAGGCGGUGAUCAAGUGGCUGCCGGAAGUGAAUAAUAAGAUCAAGAGUCUGGAGGUAAUCUGACUUCCCACUUAUGAAUUUUGUUUUGUAAUUUUUUUCUUAUCUUUUAUACAGUGACUAACACCAUCUCAUUGUCAUUUCCUUGAACAGGCAGAGGUAAAAGCCCUCACUGUGGAGGUUGAUAGGCUCACUGGGAAGGUUUAUAACCUGACCGUGCAAGUGGAUCACUUGGAGAAAUGCUGCUUCGACUGAAAACACAAAGGUAACCACACUAUCCCUAGAGUUGUUGCCUAAUAAUGAAUUUGAACUUGAACUAGAGUAGGUUAGAGUAGUAGUAGAAUUUAAACUUGAACUGAACCAAAACUGAAGUAGUUGUGUAGUUAAGUAGUUAAGUUAAGUGUAAUCAAUUUUUGAAUGGUCUGUGUGAACUUGUAUUUAAACUUCAACUGAACCAGAACUAAAUUUAAACUUGAAAUAAUUAAUUUGAAAACCUGAUUUGAUGUUUAUUGAAUGGUCUGUGUGAAGUAGUUGUGUAGUUAAGUUAAGUGUCAUCAAUUUUUAGUGGUUAGAAGGUGUUUACUUCCUUGUACUUGCAAACCCAAAAGUAGUUUAAAAACCUAGCUAAUCGACAUCUUAAAACAUAAACGAAAACUUAAAAACUUCAAUACUCAACCAAAAUGGAUCAUUUUCCCCUAAACUCUCCCGGCUUUGUUAACCUGCUUACUUCCCAGACCCCUCAGCCAAUAGAAAUAGGAUCUUCUGAGGUUCCUAAACCUCCGGAAAGGAGGAAGUGGACAACCAAAGAAGAUUUGGUGUUGAUCAGUGCUUGGUUGAACACCAGCAAGGAUCCAAUAACCAGUAAUGAACAGAAGCUAGGAGCAUUUUGGAAGAGAAUAGAGGAGUACCUGAAUGCUAGCCCUCUGCUCGUUGGCUCUAUUCCUAGGGAGUGGAGUCAAUGUAAGCAGAGGUGGGGAAGGAUUAAUGAGCAGGUGUGUAAGUUCGUGGGAUGUCAUGAAGCUGCUCUGAAGGAGCAGGCGAGUGGACAUAAUGAGAAUGAUGUCAUGAAGGUAGCUCAUGACAUCUUCUUUAAUGACUACAAAUCCAAGUUCAUUCUUGAACAUUGUUGGAGGGAGCUUCGGUUUGAUCAAAAAUGGAGAUCACACAGUCUGACAUCAAAUGGUGCAAAGGAGAAAAGGAAGGAAACUGCGGAUGAGGUGGGUCGCGAGGAAGAUGUUAGACCUCCCGGAGUCAAGGCUAGCAAAGCAGCAAAACGCAAGAAGCAUGGCAAUGAAGCAGCGUUUGAUCAGAUCGAAACCAUUCUAGCAGCCAAGAAUAUUUUAUCCAAACAGAAAAUACUUGAUAGGUUGCUAGGCAAAAACGCUGAUACACUUACAGAUCAAGAGCUUGCUCUAAAAAACAAACUCAUAUCUGAAUUGCUUUAAGUUGGUGAGUGGUUAUUUUUUUUGAAAUUUACAGUUGGUUGCUAGGAAAUGCAGUGUAUGAUGUUUGUGUUUUAAUCUUUUCCUUGAUGUAUAUUGAUAUUGUAACUGUUGUGCUUUGUAGGUCACGGGUUCAAAGAGGAGGAUGCGUGGAUGGUUGCAGGUCUCUGUUUCUUUAUGUAUCAAAUCAAGUCACGGGUGGUAAUGUAGUAGUAGGUGGUUGUAGUGGUAGGGUAUGUAAGAUGGAAUCACGGGAGAGUGUAGUUUUUUUCAACUUUCUACACUCGUUUUAUGUAUCAAAUCAUGGGCAUGUCCCCACGGCUUUACUUUUGUACUCACGGGUGUAUGUACCCACAUGCUACUUGCUUCAAUGUUUUUCUAUAUAAAUGACUAUGUGUUUCAUUCAUGCAUGACAUGCAUUAUCAGACUCUGAACUAUAUCUAAUCAAUCAAUUAACCAUCUUUACAUUUUUGUUUAUUUAGUUGACAGAAACACUAUAUAAUAAUUUACGGGAGAAUACAUUAAUACAAAUUUGUGGGUAGAUAUAUAACAAUAUAUAUCAUAUUAAAGUUGACCAGAUAUGUACUAAUUGAGAUUUAGUGGCAUUGCCUGUAGUGUGUUGAAAGAAGGUAGUACCCCACCCCCACCCAUAAAAAUUGGCAUUACACACCAAGACAUUUUAAGAAAA